GAGCACGUGGGGCUCCCGCAAUGGCCCCCGCGGGCGGCGUCAUCGCGGUCAUUGGGGCGCUGGUGGCCGCGCUGCCCCACAGCCAGGCCUUCAACAUCCACCCAGCCCCACAUCGCAUCCUGACCCACAGAGGUGCCCGCAGCUUCGGGCACCAAGUGCUGCAGCUCAAUGGGUCCCGGCUGCUGGUGGGGGCCCCGGCAGAGGUGGGGGGCAGGGGGCGGCUCUUCCAAUGCCAAGUGGGGAGCGGAGAAUGCCAAGAGCUGGAGCUGGAAGGGAACAGCUCCCGCACCCACAUGGGAAUGGCCUUGGCCAGGGACGGAGACGGCGCCAUCGCCUGCGGCCCGGGUCUCACCCGUUCCUGUGACCGGAACGUUCUCAGCAGCGGCCUCUGCCUGCGCCUGGACCCGCGCCUGCGGCCCCGGCAGCUCCUGGCGCCCGGAUACCAGGGUGAGGGGCGCCCGCAGGGACCCCACCCGCUGCAGUUCGGGGCCGUGCAGUUCUCCACCGAGGUCCAGCCCCAGUUCUCGCUGGCCGAGUACGCGGCUCGGCCCCAACCGCGGGAGCUGCUGCGGGGCCUGCGCCAGCUCGGCCACCUCACGGACACCUUCAAAGCCAUCGCCUACGUCACGAACCGGAUCUUCACGCCCGCGGCGGGGGCUCGCCCCGGGGCCCGGCGGGUUCUGAUCAUCAUCACCGACGGCGACGCCACCGAUGUGGACCAGGGCAGCGUGCAGGAGGCGGAGAAGAAUGACAUCAUCCGCUACAUCAUCGGCGUGGGCAACAACUUCAACAGCCCCGACACGCGCCUCUACCUGAGCCAGUUCGCGUCCCAGCCCAGCACCGAGUACGUGAAGGUCCUGGACGACUUCGAGAAGCUCCGGGGGCUCUUCCAUGAGCUGCAGGCCAAGAUCUACGGCAUCGAGGGCACCAGCGACCACAACCGGUUCCACCUGGAGCUGUGCUCCAGCGGGAUGAGCGUGGCGGUGACCCAUGGUCGUCGUGUGACUGGCGCCGUGGGGGCUGAUAACUGGGCAGGGGGGUUGGUGGAGCUGGAGGAGGAGAUGAAGAAGGAAAUCUUUGUGGGCAGCCCCACACUGGAGGAGAAUGUGACGGACACCUACCUGGGCUAUGCGGUGGCCGGGCUGCAGGUCCCCGGGCGGGCGCUGGUGGCUGCGGGUGCCCCCCGGCACCGCCACGUGGGCGCCGUCGUCCUCUUCGAGGUGCCCCCCGCUGGCGCUGGGGGCUGGCGGGCGCUGCAGACCCUCCCUGGGGAGCAGGUGGGCUCCUACUUCGGGGCCACCCUGUGCGGGCUGGAGCAGGGCGGGGGGGCGGUGGCGCUGCUGGUGGGAGCCCCCAACCACUUCGAUGGGCGCCGUGGGGGACGGGUGCAGCUCUACCGGUGGCAGGAGGAGGCCCUGAAGGCGGCUGAGGAGCUUUGGGGAGCCCCCGGUCACCCCUUGGGUCGCUUUGGGGCCUCUCUGAGCGCCUUGGGUGACCUGGAUGGGGACGAGCUCCCCGAGGUGGCCGUGGGGGCCCCCAUGGAGGAUGAGGAGCGAGGGGUGGUUUACAUCUUCUCCGGGCGGCCGGGGGGGCUGCAGCCCCUCUACAGCCAGCGCCUGGAGGGGCAGGAGGUGGCCCCGGGGCUGAGGUUCUUCGGGCAGGCGCUGGCCGGAGCCAUGGACCUGAACGGGGACGGGCUGGGGGACGUGGUGGUGGGAGCAGGAGGAGCAGUGGGGGACGUGGUGGUGGGAGCAGGAGGAGCAGUGGUGGUGCUCAGGUCCCGCCCCGUGCUCUCCAUUGCCCCCGUGGUGACCUUUGACCCGCAGCAGAUCCCGCCCCAUUGGCUCCAGUGCUCCGGGGGUGGGGGCAGCGUCAGCAUCCGGCUCUGCCUGGGUGACCUGGUGACCCCGGUGAACUUCCUGCUGGAGGCGGAGCCGCAGCGGGCGCGGGGGCGGGGCCAGUUCCGGGAGGGGCGGGGCUGGUCCGGGAGGCUCCACCCCUCCGAGGAGGGGGCCUGCGAGGAGGAGGAGCUGAGCCUGCAGCCCUGCAUCGAGGACUUCGUGACCCCCAUCCGCCUCUUGCUCACCAUCUCCCUGCCCCAUAGCGACCCCCCGGGCCCCAUAUUGCGGCCCCACACCUCCACCACCUGGAUUGAGAUCCCCUUUGAGAAGAGCUGUGGGGCAGAUGAGGUGUGUGAGGCCGACUUGGGGGUCCGGGCGCUGCCGGGGGGGGCAGCGCUGCUGGGGGUCCCCGAAGCCGAACUCGGGGUGCGUUUGGUUGUGGGGAACACGGGCGAAGACGCCUAUGGGGCAGCCCUACAAGUGCAGCUCCCCAUGGGGCUCUCCUUCCGCCGGGUGCAGGCCACGCGGGCCGGCGCCCUCCUGUCCAGCACCUGCUGGGACACCGUGGGGCAACCGUGGGGCCUGAGCUGCAACAUCAGCCGGCCCCUGCUAGGCGCGGGCUGGGAGGUGACGGUGGAGCUGAUGUUCCACAUCCACCCCAACGCCUCAUGGGGGGAAUCCGUGGGGCUGAGCGCCGCUGUCAGCAGUGACAAUGAGCCCCACGGCACCAUGGGGGACAACGCAGUCUCUUGGGAUGUCCCCGUCUCCUUCGCCCUCAACCUUGUGGUCACCUGGGACGAGGCCUCCACCCCCUACCUCAACUUCACCUCUCACUACCCCCAAAACAAGACGCUGCAGCACCGCUAUAGGCUGGAGAACCUGGUGCCUCUGCCCCAUGGCAGCCCCCAGCCACUGCUGACGCUGUUUGUCCUCCUGCCCCUCGAGCUGCCCCAUGGCGUGAUGGUGUCUGACCCACAAGUGCAAGUGGAGCCAGGUGGCGCCUGUGUUGCCGUGGGGCAGGAGAAGGAAGACGCCGUGGGGCAGGAGCUGCGGCGAAGCAUCACCGAGACCUGCUCCACCCCCCACCUCCUCCUCCUCCACUGCCCCACGGUGCCUCUGCCCCACACGGGCCCGAUCCUGCUCUCCCUCCACGCCAGCCUCAGCGCCCCCAAAGCCAUCCAGAGCCCCUCCCGGCCCCACUUUUGCUCCGCCCUCUGGGUCUCCCCUCCCCCACACUUCGAGGUCUCCCCCGGCUUCCUCCGGGCUCAGGGGGUCACGGAGGUGGAGCUGCUCCGGGAGCUGGACCCGAGGCCCCUCUAUGUGGGGGGAGGGGUGGGGGGGCUCCUGCUCCUCCUCCUCCUCGCCUUCGGCCUCGCCAAG